AUGGGAGAUACUCUUGGCCAGACUUCCAUGGAAAGCCUACUCCACUCAACUGAAAGCGAUCAUGAUAUUUAUCAGCCUGGUCAAAUACUUCUAAAUAGGACUUACCAGCCUGUUCAUAUCAGUGAGGAUAAAUUUGGUUCUUGGGAUUUCAACCAUCCGGUCUCUUCAGGACUUGAGGAGAGAGUCCAAAAGUUAGCCGAAUUAAGGCUCCCUGAGGAUACAUCCACAGAUAUAACCACACCAAUUACGCGGUUCAUGACCGACAACAACUCUUCCAGGCCCUUAGUGGGGAUCAAUAGUACCACUGGAUACGUUACCCCCCAUAACACACACCUUUCCAUCGCGACAAGCUGGGGGCAGGGAUCACACUACGACGACUACACUUCGUCGGCAGUCAGCUCUGUAUAUGAAUAUCCAUUUUCCCCUGGUAGGACAGCCAGCACUGGAUCCCCGGAUGAACAACACUUUCAAGAAGUCAACUACGACGACCAAUCUAGCUAUCAACGCAGGGAUUCCGGAGGCCACUCUCAAAGAUCAUCUAUCGAUGGUAUCGGGUGUCUUUCACCUUCUUCGCCAGGGAUCAAUACCAACGAUCUCUGGAGAAGGCACUCUGAUUACUCAGUCGAAUCCAAUACGGAUAUCAACAAUUCUUCUCCGCUUGACCACCGUCUCAGCCAGGAUUCUUCCUUUGUCAGCUUGAAGAAUAUACAGAUAAGCCCGGCAGAAGACGAAAAUGAUGAUAGAGAAGACUUGACCCGGAGACCACACAGCAAUAGCAUACCAGGAAUAUAUGUCAACGGACACGAGCAUAGUGAUCAUGAACAUGAUCAUGGAAGUGCUAGCCCCUGGGAUGCUACUAUAGAUCAGUAUUACCUUCCUGAUGCAAUGGAUAUGUCCUGUUCUUCACCAACUUCUAAAGUCUCGCCUCAGGCCUCUUCUCCACCUACGGUAGCAGUACUAGAAGCGAGGCGGGAGCGCCGUCGAUCGAGAAGUGGUUCUACAAAUCCACAGCUCUCGAAUAAGGCUCGGGCAGAGUUGAUGAAGCCUCAUCCUGACGCAACCACUAACGCAAAUGGAAAGAAUCACAAAGGAAGAGGUGCAGGCAAGAAGACUAAGGAGCGACAGCAGUGCCCAGAGCAUCCCAACAAGAUAUUUAGGCACAACUCUGACUUUCGUAAACACAUGCAGACCAAGCACACCAGACCCUUCCUCUGUACAUUCCACUUUGCAAACUGCGAGCAAACAUUCGGGUCAAAGAAUGAGUGGAAACGCCACGUCUUCUCACAGCACCUACAGCUUCACUACUGGCGCUGCGACUAUGCCAAUUGUGCAGAUCGUAAGGCGUACUUCAAUAGAAAAGACCUAUUUGGACAACACCUGAAACGCAUGCACGGGCCCAAGGUCACCAACAACACUAAGAACGCAUCCGAGAUGAAAAAUUGGCUCGGACAUGAGAUUCCUCAGAUUCAGGACCGCUGCCGCAAGGAACGUCGUGCUCCUCCCGAGAGGAGCAUAUGCGGAUACUGUCACAAGGAAUUCUCAGGACCCGGUAGCUGGGAUACAAGAAUGGAACACGUGGGGAAGCAUUACGAGAAGAAUAACUACAAGGACAUCGAUACUAAGACAUGGGUGAUGGACGAGGACCUCAUCCAUUGGGCCCUUGAAGAGCGAAUUGUUGAGAAGACCGGGGAAGGGGGUUAUAAGCUUCUAUGUCAUGGGAAAGAUUCGAUUGAGGGGGAAGAGAGGAGGAGAAGUAGUCAAUAUGGACCAUCCACUAUCGAUCUUAGUAAUGAGGAUUACGACGAAGAUGCAGAGGGUGAGUAUGAGGAUUAG